AUGGCGGCAUUCCUCGUGGAGAGGCGGUGCAGUGGUGGUGGCGGUGAGGCGACGACGACGGUGGUGUCGUCCAUGGACGACAUGGAUAUGAGCUCGCACGCUGUUAAGCCGGCCGGGCCGGCCCCCUUCCUUACCAAGACCUUCCAGCUCGUGGACGAUCACCGCACCGACCACAUCGUGUCGUGGGGCGAGGACGGCGCCACCUUCGUGGUGUGGCGGCCGCCGGAGUUCGCCAGGGACCUCCUCCCCAACUACUUUAAGCACAACAACUUCUCCAGCUUCGUCAGGCAGCUCAACACCUAUGGUUUCAGGAAGAUCGUGUCAGACAGGUGGGAGUUCGCCAACGAGUUCUUCAGGAAGGGCGCUAAGCACCUCCUCUCGGAGAUCCACCGGAGGAAGUCUUCGUCGUGCUUGCAACCGCCGCUCCCUCAGCACCAGCCUUACCUCAGCCUCUUCUUGUCGCCGCAGCCGCCUCGGCAUCCGUCGGGCUACAACGUCCAGGAGGAGGACCACGGCGGCAAGGACUUCCUGGCGACCCUGGCGGAGGACAACCGGGAGCUCCGGCGGCGCAACUCGCUGCUGUUGUCGGAGCUGGCGCACAUGAGGAGGCUCUACAACGAGAUCAUCUACUUCCUGCAGAACCACGUGGAGCCGGUGUCGCCACCGGUGGUGACGACGACCGCCAGCUGCAGGCUGGUGGAGCUCGGCUCUACCGACAGCGACACCUCGGCACCGACGUGGAGGCCACGCGGCGACGAUGAGGCGCCGGUGAAGCUGUUUGGCGUGCGCCUGAACGACGGCAAAAAGAGGAGGGCACAGCAGGUCGUGCCGCUGGAAGAAAAAGGCGGUGGUGAGCAAGGUGAAAGCCUUGGCGAUGGUGACCACAAUGGCCGUGGCGUUAGUGACGAUGAUCGGCGAAGUGAGACGUAG